CCCAUUCCAACAGUUGCUCUGAAAAAUCUCAUUUUGCCUUCAUCUCACAAAAAUGGUUUCAUACUGUAUCAUUCUCUCGAUUGCCAUAUUGGGCAUUGCGGCACACCCCCAGCAGACACAACCUGGUCCUGGAGCCUGCGAGGAGUACAGGAAACAAUGCGUCGAUGGAUCCUCCCUUGCAGGUCAGGGGGCAUCUUCCGGCGUCGCCAUUUUCCCAAACAACCCCCUCCCCGUGGAGCAAGUAAAUAUGACGGCAAUUCAGCAAAUGCCUUAUUGUGAGGGAUUGUUGCAAGCAUGUGAGUCACAGAACGCCACGAUUCCUGCAGUUCCUGCGACACCCGACGUUCCAGAACCACCUGCCCCUGGGGGACAAAGUAAUGGGGGUGGAUUCCUAUCUAGUUUAAGAACAUUUUUUCACUUGUAACACUUUAUUAUAUUAAAUGAAACAUUUAGUGUAAAAACUUGGCAAUUCAUUUAA